GGGGGGGAAACCCCAGAAAAGAAAACUUAUUGUCUUUGUGGUGAGGAGAAAAGUACAGUAAUUUUUCAAAGGCUGGCUGAUAAUUGAAGAUUCAUGUAGAAGGAAGAAAAAAACCUUGAUAGUAAGUUCUGCACUUGAAGACUGCAUUGAGCAAAGUUUGUUCUGUAAUACAAAACAGUCACAAACUGGAAGGAAAAAAAGGUUUAAGUGUAGAACUUCUUGCAUCUCUAACUGUAGUACUUCAUAAAAUGUCCAGAUACAGCAAACGCUACAUAAUGGUUCUUUUAAAAUAUGUGGUAUAGGUUUUGUACAUUCUCUGAAAUUCUGAAUUUGGCAUUUUGAAUGUUUUAGCCUGAGUUUCUAGGUUUAUCAUUGGCAAGCUCUUGUGACAUGCUAUUUUUUUCUCUGCAUCAAAAAUGUAACUUCGACAAACUGUACGAUGCAGGCACCAUCAUGAAAAGUGUAAUUGUUCGUGUAAUGUAUUUAUAACAGGCAUUUAGCUGCUGUGAUAAUAAGCACUGUACAAUCAGCAGAAUGGUAUAGCGAUGCUCUGUGUGCUUUUCAAAUGGUACAAAAUACACAUCUGAAUUGAGACAGAAAUAGCAGCUUUAGUUACAGCUACAGUACAAAUGAUUCAUACAGGUGACUGAGGGAGAUUUCAGAGUUGUCAAGCUGAAAGCUGGCAGUUUAGUUUUUUCUCUUAUAGGGGCUUCUUUGGAGAUAAUGUAUUGUCACAGAAGGGUGGUUUACUAGUCUAGGGAAGCGGCACGUGCAUGGUAACUGCCGUGCGUCCCUUUAAUGCUGCACAGUUUGAGUUUAGGUCCUGCUGCCUGCCAAUUUAAAUGUACUGCUGCGUCAGUGAUGUCAUGUAAUAAGCCUGCUACUGGAUUGUUUGAAGUUUGGUCUUCCCAGGUGUCUUGGGACCACUGUUAAACUACUGUAAAUGCACAUUUCCAAAAAGUAAAUGUAAAUGCAGAGGAUUUUUUCAUUAGGAUUUGUCUCUGUAAAGCAGGUUUUGGUUGCUUAUUGAUGACUGAUGGGGAUUUUAACCAAUGCAUAUAUACAUGCCUCCAUCAGUACCCCAAAUUCUUAAAUGUUAGAUGAACAUAGCAGUUCCUGAGAUGUCUUGCCUUUCUCACCAAGUGAACAAGCAAGCCUCCCAGGAGCAGGGCGCAGCUCUGUACUGAUGUGACUCAAGAAUCUGCAGACACGGAACCAGCUCAGGGACUGGCUCCUUAAUCACCUUAAUCUGAUUUAACUGCAGGCUGCUGCCAAAAGGAGUGGCGGCACCCUGCCCGGUGCCUCGGGCUGUAUAUUCCACCUGCGAUUCAGUUGUGAAGCAAAUGCAGGAUUUCUUAACCUCUUAUCUCUGCAUUUGGGAAGGGCUGAUGUAAGGCAUUAAUGAAAAUUGUCAUGAAGUAGAAAUUCCUGCUAUGUUUAUCUUCAGUAAUUCUUAUACCGCUAUUCUUGAGCUGUGCCACAGAUCUUUCAGUUCAUUCAAAUCUGUAUUCAUUAUAGAUAACGUAACAACUGUACUAAUCUGUUCUAACUCAGUCUUGGGCUGAGACUGCCAAUAAUAAAUUCUGUAAAAACGGGACUUCAGCUGCAGUCUACAGAGUUAAUUUCCUUCACAGUGAGUUCAGAUUUUACAUCUGUGCUUCCGUGUGUGUCAUUGACUUCUGCUUUACAUCUUUAUUUACCAGUUCAUGAAAAAAUACUGGUAGUUAAAUGUGAACACCAGUCUUUUAAUGAAGAUUCUUGAUGAUUCUGAAAAAUUUAGAAACCAGUGGGAAGUGGGUCUGCUUUGUUGGGAGCAUGAAGCAUGCCUAGAUUGGGCAGCUCCCUGAGGCAGUGUCUUUCUUUUUAUGGCUUCACCAUGUUUCCCCUCUCCACAGAGCUAUCAAGAAGAAUCUUAUGUUGUAGAAUACUUGAAUAGACCCUAAUGGGAUUCAAAUCACAUUUAAAUAAUAAUAUUAUAAAAUGUCAAGAAUGAAAUAUAAUUACAGGAACAAUCAGAUUAGCUGAUACACUGCUUUGACCCCAGAGGACGUGCACUGUCAUUCUUAAAUGGUGCUAUAACUUUAUAGCUAAAAGAUCACUCCAGUCUUUGAGAUGUUGAAAAUAUUUUUAACAUUUAAUGUCUGUUUUGAGGGGUUUUAAAUAAAUAAUUCUAAAGCCCCCUGGUCACGACACUUGGAAGCAUUGGUUGGUUGAAAUCAGUGUCAGUACAGGUUAAGUUUCUCCCCUCUUUCCUAGCUGUGUAUGAAACACAGUGGAAUGGCUUGAGGAAUUCCCCCUCCCUGGCAGUGCGUGGGGCCAGGCUGGAUGGGGCUCUGAGCACCCUGCCCUGGUGGAAGGUGUCCCUGCCCGUGGCGGGGGGUGGGGUGGGAACUAGAUGGUCUUUCAGGUCCCUUCCAACCCAACCCAUUCUGUGGUUCUACGAAGUAAGUGUUCUAACAAAACCCUAACAAAGAAUAGCUGGCCAGGAAGCAGCAAACAUCUCCUUUCUGUUCUCUUAACGUCAUGCAGUAGCAGGACUUUGACAGUCUCCCGUGUGAAUGCUGUGGUGGUGUUCUUGGUGUUGAUGUCAAAAGUAUUAAUCUGAUGUUCUGUUGAAAAAGGCAUCGAUCUCUGCUGUUCUCAUAUGGAGAGUAAGAAGUCUACAAAUAGAAGAGCUCCAUCAGGGUGAACUGCAGUUAUCCUAAGGAAAAAAUUCAUUGCACAGAUUGUGUAAACUUACUGAGACCGAAGUAAAGCUGGAAAGGAAGCUACUAGUGCAUAAAACAAGAAGUUUGGAAUUGGAUUUGGGGAAUCUGGGCUUGGAAAUGCCUCAGCCCAGUGUGAGUGGAAUGGACCCUCCUUUUGGGGAUGCCUUUCGGAGCCAUGUGUUUUCAGAGCAGACUCUGAUGAGCACAGAUCUCUUGGCAAGCAGUUCAGAUCCAGACUUCAUGUAUGAACUGGACAGAGAAAUGGACUAUCAGCAAAGCUCCAGAGACAACUUACUUUCAAUGGAGGACUGCAAAGACCUUGAGAACUUGGAGUCUUUUACGGACAUCCUGGACAAAGAAGCUGCUCUCACCUCAAAGUGGGAGCAGUGGGACACCUACUGUGAAGACUUAACUAAGUACACUAAAUUAACCAGCUGUGACAUCUGGGGAACAAAAGAGGUGGAUUACUUGGGCCUUGAUGACUUUUCAAGCCCAUACCAAGAUGAAGAGGUGAUAAGCAAAACACCAACACUGGCUCAGCUUAACAGUGAGGACUCCCAACCUGUUUCUGAUUCACUCUACUACCCUGAUUUGCUCUUUAGUGUAAAACAAAACCCUUUAAAUUCUUUGUUACCUGGCAAAAAGAUUGCAACCAGAGCAGCAGCCCCAGUCUGUUCUUCCAAGAACAUUCAGGCUGAGGCACCUUUGUCGGACUGUGUUCAGAAGGCAAGCAAACCUGCAACUCAGCCUGCUUCCAGUACGCAAAUCAUGGUGAAGACUAAUGUGUACAAUAAUGAAAAGGUGAACAUUCAUGUUGAAUGUAAAGACUAUGUUAAAAAGGCAAAAGUAAAGAUCAAUCCUUUACCACAGAGCAGACCAGUGCUGAGCCAGACGCAUGCUGAUGCAGCAAAGGAGAACACCUGUUAUUGUGGUGCUGUAGCAAAGAGACAAGAAAGAAGAGGAAUAGAGUCUCCGCAUAGUCACAGUACACCUCCUAUUUUGCCUUUUAAAGAGACUCAAGAACUGCUCCUCAGUCCACCCCAGGAAACCCCAGGGCUUAUUGUGGGGGAGAGCAGUCUUUCUGCCAGCACAUCAGUGUCAGAUUCUUCACAGAAGAAAGAAGAGCACAACUAUUCUCUUUUCGUAACAGACAGUUUGGGUGAGCAGUCAGCCAAAGGAGACCCUGAGGAAGAUGAGGAUGAUGAAGACGAUAUUGAAGAUGAGGACCAUGAUGAAGGAUUUGGCAGUGAGCAUGAGCUGUCUGAAAAUGAUGAGGAGGAGGAAGAUUAUGAGGAUGAUAAAGAUGACGACAUCAGUGAUACUUUCUCAGAACCAGCAGUAACACUUAGUGGGUCUUCAAAGGAUACUGAAUUCCUCUCUUCUGCAUGUAGAAAUGGAGCCCUAACAACAGAAAUAAGAACUAACCUUCACCUAGAAGGGUAUGAAAAUGAUUCUGUGGAGGAUUUAAAAGAAAUGACUGCAAUAUCCUCUCGGAAAAGAGGCAAGCGAAGAUACUUCUGGGAGUACAGCGAGCAAUUAACACCAUCACAACAAGAAAGAAUGCUGAGGCCAUCUGAGUGGAAUCGGGAUACGUUACCAAGUAACAUGUAUCAGAAGAAUGGUCUCCAUCAUGGAAAAUAUGCAGCAAAGAAGUCACGGAGGACUGAUGUAGAAGACCUGACUCCCAACCCCAGAAAAUUGCUACAGAUUGGUAAUGAAUUGAGGAAGCUGAAUAAGGUGAUCAGUGACCUGACACCAGUCAGUGAACUUCCCUUAACUGCCAGACCGAGGUCAAGAAAAGAAAAGAACAAGCUGGCUUCCAGGGCUUGUAGACUAAAAAAGAAAGCCCAGUAUGAAGCCAAUAAAGUAAAACUCUGGGGUCUCAACACGGAAUAUGAUAAUUUACUCUUUGUGAUCAACUCCAUUAAACAAGAAAUAGUUAAUCGGGUACAGGUACCUAAAGAUGAUAGAGGAAUCAACAUGGAACAAAAGUUGAACAUACUUAUUAAAGACACUCUUGGGCUACCUGUAGCUGGACAGACAUCAGAAUUUGUGAAUCAAGUUUUAGAGAGGACUGCAGAAGGAGACCCCACCGGUGGCCUUGUAGGGCUACGAAUACCAAUGUCAAAAGUUUAAGAUAUGAGUUCAGCUAUACUCAUCAUUCAGAUUCUACCUGUGUUGUCAAGUACUUCAUUGUAAAUUGCAUUCUGGUCUGCAUGUCAGUUUAGCAUUACCUAAACACUUACAGUUAGGUUCCAUUGUUUUUAAAUAACAAUGUAAUAAUUCAAAGUGUGAUAUAAAAUGCUUAAUAGCAUUUUUGGACCAUAAACCAGAUAGUUUCAAAGCUGCUUUAAGCUUAAAACAGAGAUGAGAAUUAUUUUAAAAUUAAGUUAUGUAGGACCAGAAUAUAUUACUUUUGUUUUAGAAGCAAAAACAUGGUUUUGCUAGUAAAAAUUUGUAGCAUAUGCCAGACAUUGUGACAGGUUUAUGCUCCAAGUAAAAUAAGAGGAAGCUGUCAGUUUAGGGAGUUUUUUGUUGUUUUGUUUUGGGGUUUUUUAGUAUUUGGAUUUUCUUUGGUUCUUAAAAAACAGUAAGCUUUCUUUGCAACCAUUAACUUGUACAUAGCACACGUGGCAUUAGAGCUAGUGUGCCAUAUAAAACUUUUAAUUUUCUGAGCUUAAUAUAGUAUUUAAAUGUCUGUGCAAGCAAGAGAAAAAAAAGUAUAUUCUUUGUGCCUUGUAUUUUGGGGGGAGAGCUAUCAGUAUAAGCUGGUAAAGUUUUGUAUGAAGAAAACCCUGAGGGGAAAAACCAAGAUGUAUAGAUGGUAUGAUUAUAGGUUUUAAUGUAUUUGUUCCAGCUCUUAAAUUUUUUGAAUGUAUAUAGGAAUAUGUUGAAAAUGUAGAUAUAUGCCACAGAGUCUAUGUAUUGUAUAAAAGAUGGCUCUAGAAAACUAAAUUUCGGUACUUUGGCCGGAAGAAAACAAAUACUUGCACAUUAAUGCGAUUGUUUAUUUUUGUACCAAAGACAAAUGCAACUGAUAUGGCAAACUGCCAGUCUAAGUAAAGUUUUGCACAGCUUAUAUGAUACUGUACUGAAUGUAAAAACAAACGAAAAAAAGAAAAAAAAUUAAAGGUCAGGGUUAGGGAUCUUACUGAACUGUGAAUUUUUUUGUUUGGGUCCAAUUAUCUACAGAAGGAGCAUUCAUACGUAACAAUAUUAUUUUGCUGUUCUUGUAGUUCGCUUCCAUGGUAGAUAAGUUGGUGGCCGUCUCGGAGUCUUUAAAUCUUUUUUCUCUGCACUUACUGUAGGAGAUUUUAAUAUAUUUGGAUUUUAGUAAGCUAUUGGUAAAAUAGUUUUCAACUUUGAGAAUUUAAAAAAAUAUUUAGCUUGUUGUAGUAUACUUCCACCAAACAACCAAAAUAAAAUUAUUUUUAUUGUAAUGUGUAUAUAUGUAAAGAGAAAAAAGAGCUACAAAUAUCUAAUUCCUUAGUUGCCACUUUUCCAGUUGAUGUAUUAUUAUGCAUGUGAUGUUUCCAAGGAUCAACACAGGCUUCAAACAAACAAAAAAAAAAUUUAUAGACUUUUAUAUUUUUGUACAGGUAUUUCGAAACUAGCUUCUUCAAACUUAUAUGUGACUUAUUCUUGUUAAUUCAGUAGUUUCUAUGAUUGAGGAAUAUUAACCCACAGUUCUUAUUUGCUCUUCUGCUAAUAAGAGUUGGCUUUGUAGUCAGUGUUAACGUACAGAUUAAAAGCUUUAGCCUUUGAUGAGAAAGUCUUUUAUCUCAAGGCAAGAUCAUUCUCUGGUUUCAUGGACCCCCACCCCCUUUUCCUCCCUGUUCUUUCUCUCCCUAUUUAAAGAUGACAAAACACUGUUUACUGAAAAUAGGAAUACCAAAUAUUUUCAAAUGUAGCUGCUGAAAAAAAAAUGCAAAAGUCCAUGAAGGCUUUCUCCCCGCUCCCUUUGGGGAACUUCUCCAUUUCUAGUUUGUCUAAGUUUGUUUGUACUGUGAUUCCUUUUUGUUUGUAAGUAGAUUAUUUUUAUAUCCAAGCUUGUACUAUAAAAAAAAAAAGGCUGAAGCGGUAAUAGUGCAGUAAGAGUGGCUGAUGGAGGUGGCAGUCCUGCCACAUACUUGUGAGUGUGCACACAGCUUACUUUGUAUCUAAAUAUUUUGGAAGACUCAAAAGGGAGGAGGAGGCCAAAAUACCACUACUGAGCUGUACGGAAAGUCUUUCCUACAAGAGACUGAACAAAUACCCAGGGCAAUUUAGGCAAAACUUUGUAAAUCCACUUAAGACUUGCAAAAUCUGAGUGGAAUGUGGGUGUUCUUGUUUCAGGUGGUUUUGUUGUUAGGGCGAGGCGAGAGUUGGCUGCUGCUUUACACAGUGGGUCAGAUGUAUUCCUGUUGUAAUUAUUGCCGGUGUUGCAGUUAUUCUGGAGAUGCAUACGGCCCAUAAAACCCGACAAAGAAUGUCUCUUGUGAAGUUAAGGCCAUGUCUGUACCAAGAUUUGAAUACUGUUCCUUUCGGAUGAAUGGUGUUACCGUGCUGCUCAGAUACAGGCGGUCCUUAUGCUAUAUCCAAACUCUGUAGACAAGGCAGCACUUCUAAACAUUAAGAGAGCAGUUUUGCAAUCGGGUAAAAGCUGUGACAAAUUAAACUGACAAGGUAUUAAAAAGCCCCCUUUGUACUGCUCAGAAAUACUGGGCAAAUAUAACUUUAUAGCUUUUUAUUUUUGUCUGAAAACCAGAAUAUGAUUUUGGUCUAGCAUUUCAAAGUAGACUUUGAAUCUUUAGUGAAUUCCAUACCCUUGCAUUUCAGUGUUUUCUGUGUAUUAUUUUAAGUUAAAGCUUUUAAAUAGUUGAGCUUUUUAAUGUCGACACUUUAUUUUGUAACUAUUUAUAUGUAUGUAUAUCUUAGACAAGCACUUUGUUUAAAAAAAAAAAAAAAAAAAAAAAAGAAACUGCGUUUUAUAUGAUUCCUGCCACUUGCUGCUAACUCUGGGCUGGUCAGAAUGCUGCAGCGAUACUUGAUACAAAUAAAACCUGGCAGUAAAAUGUAGAGUAAAGAUAAGACCUUUUGCUGGUUUAACUUUAUCAUAAAGGUGACAUAGGCAAGCUGUGCAGCUUUACAUUUUAACCAGGGGACUCUGUGGCAUUUAAACCGUCUAGAAAUGGUUGUACUUUAAUGCCAGUAACAAUCUGCUUCCUCUAGUGUCAUUAAAAUAUAUACAUUUAGUGUAUACUUAUCACAAACAAAAAUCUUAUAAGGGUAUAAAAACCAACAAAUGUACAUGUUCUGUUUUUUGGCAAUUGUGGCAUGCAUUUUUGGAUGAUCUUUAGAGAAUACCAUUUUCUAAAGAUUUUCAGUGUUCAUACAUGGUAUGUGGAUCUUAAUGAAGUCCUGGAUUUUUUUUGUUUGUUUUUGAGUGUAGGCAUUGUGAAUAUUCACUUUUAAUCCUAUAUCCAAAAACAAUUAUAUAUUUUUGAUUUAAUACAAACAAAAGCUCUUCCUUUUUCUGAUACACUGGAUUCUCUAGAAUUUGUUUCCAUAUUAAAAGCAUGCUGUCAUAACUGCUCUUGUUGAGAUCUCGUCAGUCUGAACUUAGGUGCCACAGUCUGAAUCGAUGGACCGCUUGUUCUGCUGUACCAUGUAUGAUUCUCGUCCUUUCCUACUUCCUUCAUGACAGAUGAUGAUGUGGCUUUAUAUUGUGCCUUACUUGUACAUCUAGAACUAAAUGUUUUUCAUUCCCUCUGAACUCUUCAAACCUAACCCUUCUGAAAUGGAAUCAGAGCUGAUAAAAAGUAUCCUGAAGAAAGUCUGGAUAGAUCUGAUUUCAGUUUCUCUCGGUAGUAGUCCUUUUGUAUUUAUAUGGAAGACUAGUUUUUGAAUGGCCUUGUAAAACGUGGGGGUGCUCAUGAAGGGUGUUUUUUAGCCCUAAACCCCUUUUGCUAACGCUUCCUUUCAUGGUUUAUUGAACACAUUUUCAGAUACUUGGUGAGUACUUUUUUUGGAUGAGAGAGACUUACUACUAAAGCUAUGUUUACGUGUGGAUGGGCUGGAUUUUCUUAUCAUACCAGUUGAAGUCAUUGUGAUUUAAUGAAGUUGCAUUGCUGUAAAGCUGAUGUGAGAGUCAGGCUCAGCUGCAUUCAGUUCCUAAUUCUUUAUAGACAGACUUUUUUUUUUCCAUAUGGAGAGGGCCAGGAAAAAGGUUUGGGUUUUGUUGGGUUUUUGUUUGUUUUUGUUUUGUUUUUUAAAAAAGAGCAAACAAGAAAACCCUAACAUGGAUGAAGGGUCUUUAACUAACCUAAAAGCAACCAGAUGCUUCUGAAGUAGUGGUGUCAGUUUUGAUUUUAUUUUUAAAAGAUGCCCCACUAAUAUUUAUCUGACAUUUGCCUUUGUUAAUAAAAUGGUUAGCUUAUUUACAAAAUGUAAAGACUGGAUGUGCUUUUCUUUUCCAUAAAUCAUUUAAACAUAGCUAUUUUUUUAAAGCUGUAAAGGCUUUAUCAGGAGAAUUUCAAAGGGUUGUAUACAAGUUGUCUUCAGCAGAAACAGCAAAUGCAAUUCUGUUCCUCAAACGUGCUUGCUAGUCUUCCUGAAAUUCUGUUGAGGCAUAACCCAGUUAUGAACCGUGAAUGUUAGGAUCUGUCUUUGGCCUUGAGACCUGAAUUUCAAGAAUGCGUCUAAUCAUGAUUUUAUUUUAAGUUGGAGGCUUCGGUUGAAAUCAUCUAGUUAAGUGUGCUGCUAGGUGUGGUCUUGGCUUAUUGACACAGCCUUGCACACAGCUGAGGUUUAUUUUGUUUACCCCAGGGAUCGUGUGAAGUACAUUUCAAACAGUUACUGCUUCAGUGACUGAUUCUUCUUGUAACUGUAUUAAGGGCAUUAGUAUGUUGAGAAAACACCACUCUUGACUAUCUCCCAAUAUAAUAAAUUGGGAUUCUUAAAUGUCAUUAGUGAAAGAUGGCACUUUUAGGUUAUAUCUUCCUUGCAGCAUACAGAAAUGUCUCUAUCUUUCUACAAUUUACAUUUCACAAUAUGCCAUGUUUUCUCCCCCAGUGCUUCUAACAUGAUAAGAAGGUGUAUGUGUGCACUGAAUUGUAAUCCUCAGCCUCUUACACACUCAUGAACUUCCACAGGAGCAAAUACUGACUAUGCAUUUAUUGUCUUUCUAAUGAGCUGUGGAGCUAAAGGUGGAGCCAGAGCUAUCUCAAGCCACGCUGCUUUUUUUUUCUCCAUAAAAAAAAAAACAACUCAAAACUUUGGAGGUAACAUCAGUGUUCUGAGAUUUUCUUGGGUGAAGAAUAUUUUGUAGUCUGAUAUCUGUGUAUCUCAAAUUUGGCCGAGUUCACUAGCUACUGUAAGGAAAACUUCGGACUGGAUUUGGUAUUGGCAAAAGCACUUUUCUUGUAUUUGGUAUUGGCAAAAUCUUCUGAUUAAGGAACAGAACCUAGUAGCAGCACUUUAAUUUUCUUGAGGUUUUUUAUUAUGGUGGAUAUUUAUACAUUCUGAUUUGAAUCAUCUAUCCUUGCAGAAUAUUACACCCAAGGAAAACUUACUGCUCAGUAUUUGUUGCCGGGUAAACUCUUGAGGCUGAUGGCACAUGCGGAUGUAGGUGAUUGAUGGAAAAAAAAAAAAAAAAAGAAAGAAAAAAAAGGCAUUUUAAACAAAACAUGGCAUCCUGUUCUGCCUACGCUUGGGGUCAUGAUUGUAAUGCUGUCCUUGAUAUUAUUCUAUAAUCAACUUCCAACUGGAGCUCAGCAAAACUUACUGAAAGUCUUGUCUCUGUUAGAAAAUAAAUUUACCUUGUUAAAAGCA